AUGCCAGCAUACCACUCUACAUUCCUAGGCGAGGAAUCACAAGACGCCAGAACAAUUGGCAAUCUAUCCUUACUUCCACUUAAAACCAAAUAUCGGGGUCCUGCCUUUGAAACCGAUCAAGAUUACGACAUUGUCGAAGAGACGUUAGACUUGUUCAGGGCCAACUCCUUCUUCAAAAACUUUGAAAUCAGAGGCAAUGCAGAUAGGUUAUUGAUAUACGGUAUAUUGUUUGUCAGCGAUUGCUUGGGAAAACUCAAUAAAACAAUGCCCCACCGUGAAGCAACCAGGGUAUUGAGCAAUUUGAGUCUCGAUAACUUUGCCUUACCAGGAGAUAUAUCAUUCCCAUUGAACUCAUUGUACACACCACCAAAGACAAGAGCUGAUGCUGAUUUAUUGAGGGGAUACUUGACCCAGUUUAGACAAGAAUUGGCUGAACGGUUGUUGAACAGAAUCUACGCCGAUGGCGGAGAUGUUCCUAGUAAAUUCUGGUUGGCAUUUACGAAAAGAAAGUUCAUGAACAAGAGUUUGUAG